CUCGGUCCGGCGACGAGGCCGGCCGUGCGCGCCGCCCGCGUGUCGCCCGCGACCGCGGCUCCGCUCAUGGUGGCGGAGCAGGCGAGGCCCGAGGCCUUUGUCGGUUCUACCUUCGGGUCGAAUUCGGCCAUGUUUUACCGGCAGGGGAUGCUUGUGCUGGAGGACGGGACGCGGCUGCGCGGCGUCUCCUUUGGUUGCGAGAAGCCCGUCUCGGGCGAGGUCGUCUUCACGACCGGCAUGGUUGGCUACCCCGAGUCGCUGACCGACCCAUCGUACCGCGGGCAGAUGCUGGUGAUGACCUACCCGAUCGUGGGCAACUACGGCGUGCCGGACGACGAGGUUGACGAGUGGGGCCUGCCGAAACACUUUGAGUCCGACUCGAUCCAGGUCACCGCGCUCAUCGUCGCCGACUACUCGCACCACCACUCGCACUGGUCGUCGCGCCGCUCGCUCUCGCAGUGGCUCAACGAGCAGGGCGUGCCUGCGCUGUACGGCAUCGACACGCGGCUGCUGACCAAGAAGAUCCGCGAAAAGGGCGCCCUCCGCGCCACCAUCGAGUUCGACCCCGCCGUCGCCCGCGGCGGCGAGCCCGUACUGCCCGCGUUUGAGGACCCGAAUGAGCGCAACCUGGUCGCCGAGGUGUCGCUCAAGGAGCCGCGCGUGUUCAACAAGGGGGGCAAGUUCAAGGUGCUGGCGACGGACUGCGGGAUCAAGUACAACAUCAUCCGCUCCCUCCUCCAGCGCGGCUGCGAGGUGACCCUCGUGCCGUGGGACACGCCGCUGCUGCCGCUGCUAGAGGACCACGACGGCCUCUUUCUGUCCAACGGGCCGGGCAACCCCGCGAUGGCGGACAAGACGGUCGGCCACAUCCGCGACGCCAUCGCCGCGAUGGAGUCGGGCGAGCUGCCCGUCAAGCCGCUCUUCGGAAUCUGCCUCGGCAACCAGCUGCUCGGGCGCGCGACCACGUACAAGCUCCCCUUUGGCAACCGCGGCCAGAACCAGCCCGUCGUCAACCUGCUCUCCAAGCGCUGCUUCAUCACGCCGCAAAACCACGGGCGCGCGCCUCGAAGCGUGCCCGCCGCGCGAGGGGCGUCGCGUCCACGACACGGCAUCAUGCACAAGGAGCGGCCGUGGAUCACCGCCCAGUUCCACCCCGAGGCAAAGUCGGGCCCGUCGGACACCGCCUUCCUCUUCGACCUCUUCCUUGAGGCGAUGGGCAACCCGGCCCUCCCGCUCACGCCGGCGCUCGAGCGGGGCAAGUACGCCGCGCCUGAGCCCAAGCCGCUGAGCAAGGUCCUGCUGCUCGGCUCGGGCGGCCUCUCGAUCGGCCAGGCGGGCGAGUUCGACUACUCUGGCGGCCAGGCGAUCAAGGCGCUCAAGGAGGCGGGGCUGCAGGUGGUGCUCAUCAACCCGAACAUCGCGUCGGUGCAGACAAACACCGAGGGGCAGGGGCAGCUCGCGGCGGACCAAGUCUACCUGAUGCCGGUGACGCCCGACACGGUCGAGACGAUCAUCGAGCGCGAGCGGCCCGAGGGGAUCAUCCUCUCGAUGGGCGGCCAGACGGGCCUCAACUGCGGCGUCGCGCUCGAGAAGAGCGGCGUGCUCGAAAAGUACGGCGUGCGCGUGCUCGGCACGUCCGUCGCCGCCAUCGAGGCGACCGAGGACCGCGGCAUCUUUUCGGACAAGCUCAACGAGAUUGGCGAGCGGAUCGCCCCCUCCUUCGCGUGCGACACGCUCGACGAGGCGCUGGAGGCGUCAAAGAACAUCGGCUUCCCCUGCAUGGUGCGCUGCGCGUUUGCGCUCGGCGGGCUCGGCUCUGCGCUCAUCGACACCGAGGAGAAGUUCGAGGCGCACUGCCGCGAGGCGUUCGCGUCGACGCCGCAGGCGCUCGCCGCUGGCUGCGGUCGGGGGGGAGGAUGGGCUGUCCUCGUCGAGAAGUCGCUCAAGGGGUGGAAGGAGGUCGAGUACGAGGUGGUGCGCGACGUGGCGGACAACUGCAUCACCGUCUGCAACAUGGAGAACUUCGACCCGCUCGGCGUGCACACGGGCGAGUCGAUCGUGAUAGCGCCCUCGCAGACGCUCACCGACGACGAGUACCACAUGCUCCGCACGACGGCGAUCAAGGUCGUGCGCCACCUCGGCAUCGUCGGCGAGUGCAACAUCCAGUACGCGCUCGACCCGCACUCGAACGACUACUGCAUCAUCGAGGUGAACCCGCGCCUGUCGCGCUCGUCCGCGCUCGCCUCCAAGGCGACGGGCUACCCGCUCGCCUCGGUGGCGGCCAAGCUGGCGCUCGGCAACCUCCUCCCCGACCUGACCAACUCGGUCACGCUCUCGACCACCGCCUGCUUCGAGCCCUCCCUCGACUACGUCGUCACCAAGGUGCCGCGCUGGGACCUCUCCAAGUUCGACCGCGUCUCGCGCGAGAUCGGCUCGGCGAUGAAGUCGGUCGGCGAGGUGAUGGCCAUCGGCCGCACGUGGGAGGAGUCGCUCCAAAAGGCGCUGCGCAUGACGGACCCCGCCAUCGCCGGCUACCAGCCGCACGACGAGUUUGUGGCCGAGAGCGAGGAGGAGCUCAACCGCUCGCUGCAGGUGCCGACCGACACGCGCAUCUACGCGAUCGCCGAGGCGAUGAAGCGCGGCUACUCGGUGGACCGGAUCCAGUCGCUCACCGCCAUCGACCCCUGGUUCCUGUGGAAGCUCAAGCGGAUCAACGACAUGGGCCAGAUCCUCUCCGAGUACACGCCAAAGACGCUGCCCGCCGGCACGGUGCUGCAGGCCAAAAAGUCGGGCUUCUCGGACGCGCAGGUGGCGAAGCUCACCGGCUCGACCGAGCUCGAGAUCCGCGCGCUGCGCAAGGCGAUGGGCGUGACCCCCUUCGUCAAGCAGAUCGACACCAUGGCCGCCGAGUUCCCGGCCGCCACAAACUACCUGUACAUGACGUACAACGGCGACGAGCACGACCUCGACUUCGAGGACAAGGGGACGAUGGUGAUCGGCUCGGGCGUGUACCGGAUCGGCUCGUCGGUCGAGUUCGACUGGUGCUCCGUCUCGGCCAUCCGCGCGCUGCGCCAGCUCGGCAAGAAGUCCGUGAUGGUCAACUACAACCCCGAGACGGUCUCGACCGACUUCGACGAGUGCGACCGCCUCUACUUCGAGGAGCUCUCGCUCGAGCGCGUGCUCGACGUGUACGAGCAGGAGGGCUGCGAGGCCGCCAUCGUCUCGGUCGGCGGCCAGAUCCCAAACACGCUCGCGCUCAAGAUGGGCUCGACCGGCGUCAACGUCGCCGGCACGUCGCCGACGAUGAUCGACACGGCCGAGGACCGGAACAAGUUCUCCGCGCUCUGCGACCGCGUCGGCAUCGACCAGCCAGAGUGGCAGCUGCUCACCUCGCAGGAGGACGCGCUCGCGUUUUGCUCGCGCGUCGGCUACCCGUGCCUCGUCCGGCCGUCGUACGUCCUCUCGGGCGCGGCGAUGAACGUCGCCUACUCGGAGGGCGAGCUCACCGGCUUCUUGACGGAGGCGACGCAGGUCUCCAAGGAGCACCCCGUCGUCGUCUCCAAGUUCAUCGAGAACGGGCGCGAGAUCGACGUGGACGCGGUGGCGCGCGACGGCAAGGUGCUGCUGCACGCCGUGUCGGAGCACGUCGAGAACGCGGGCGUGCACUCGGGCGACGCGUCGCUGAUGCUGCCGCCGCAGACCCUCGACUCUGCCGACGUGGCCAAGGUUGAGGAGAUCACGCACAAGCUCGCCGCGGCGCUCGAGAUCACCGGCCCCUUCAACAUGCAGCUCAUCGCAAAGGACGGCGAGGUCAAGGUGAUCGAGUGCAACCUGCGCGCCUCGCGCUCGUGCCCCUUCUCGUCCAAGGUGAUGGGCGUCAACUUCAUCGAGACCGCCACCAAGGCGAUGGUUGGCGCGCCGAUCGACGAGCGCGCGCCCGAGCCGCCCGACGACUAUGUCGGCGUCAAGGUGCCGAUGUUCUCCUUCCAGCGUCUCAAGGGCGCCGACCCGUCGCUCGGCGUCGAGAUGGCCUCGACGGGCGAGGUCGCCUGCUUCGGGCCGGACCGGCACGACGCCUUCCUCAAGGCGAUGCUCUCGACGGGCAUGAAGCUGCCCAAGAAGAACAUCCUCGUCUCGAUGCAGGAGCGGCUCUUCGCCGAGGCGGUGCCGGCGGUGCGCAAGCUGCAGGAGCUCGGCUACACGCUCUUCGCGACCAAGAAGACGUCCGCCUACCUCGAGGAGCAGGGCGUGCCGGUGACGAUGCUCAACUACGCGGAGGACGGCGUCGAGCCCUGCAUCGACGACUACAUCCAGCGCGGCGACAUCGAGCUGGUGCUCAUGUUCUCCAACCAGUUCUCGCAAAACAUCCUGACCAACUACGCCAUCCGCCGGCUCGCCGUCGACUUUGGCGUGCCGCUCAUCACCAACGUGCAGGUGGCGCAGCUGCUCGCCGACUCGCUCGAGGCGACCAGCACAGACAUCGCCAAGCCAAACGGGGUCGGCCUCGACCCUCGCAGCCUGCACGAGUGGUACGGCUCGGCUGCCAGCCAGUGAGGGCGGCUGACGGUUCAUUAUAGUUUGGGCCUCGCUCAAUUCGUCCUUUGAGUGCGAUCGGAUGACGAGCCGAGGCCCUUGACUAGGGGCGCACGAAGGCGGGGGAGCACGCGCAGCACGCGCAUGUGGUGCUAUCUCUGCACAAGCACACGCUGUCGGGGGAGGGGGAGCCGUGUUGUCUAGUGACUCGUACAAGGGCUGUGGCAGUGUGGGGCCCGCGGUGUACCAUGUCUAUGUCUGCAUGUCGGUUAAAGCUCCGUAGAGAAAGAGCUAGC